CGAAGAAGAAAAGAGGCGGGCUGUGACGUCAGUUUUGAAACGGAACAGUUCUGAGGUUUAACACUUCUUCGGCUAUUGGUGUUACCACAAUGGCACAAGGUCAUAAAUUUCAAGACUUGGAGGAGUCAGGCGAGUCACUGGUGGGCUUUAUCAACAGCAGCCAACCUGAGAAACUAAGACAAGUCAAAGUUGAACAUCAGACCCUUUAUGAUAAACACUCUGAAACAAAAGCGGUUGUGACACAGAUUUUAAAAGACAUUGCUCAAAUUGAGGCGUGUGCGGGACAGAAGCUCCUCAACCUGGAGGAGGAGAAGCAGCACAAGGAUGAGGAGCUAAACAGUCUGGAGGAGCAGCUGAGGCAGUGCAACGCCAAGACUCAGAUUACAGACUCAGAAUUACAGUUCCUGCAGAGAGAACUGGAGAGCCUGAGAAACACUGAAAAAGAACUUGAUACACUACAGAACGAGGUAGACGAAGACACCACCGAGGUCAUCCCUUCAGCUGUAUAUGUUGCUCAGCUGUACCAUGUGAUAACCAAGAUUAAGUGGGAGUAUGGCACAGAGCCUCAUGUUUUGAAAGGAGUGCAUUAUGGUGCAGAACUUGCCACUCCCAUCAACAUUGACACAUCUCAGCGAUCUCGCAGCGAUGUAAGCGACCAACUGUGGGCUUUUGUCAACUCUGAAUGGUAGACAAAAGCUGGUGGGUUUGGAAAUCUUUGUCAAAAAUGUGUAUUUGUUUUUCUUGCUUAUAUUUCUUCUUCUUUUACGUGUAUACAAUGUGUAGAUUUACGGAAUUAAAGUUGUCAUCUUUGUUUUAGUGGCUGUUUUUCUUGUGUAGUGAGAAAUGUUUGUAGCGUGAUGCAGUGUGAAAGGUCUGGCACUAGAUGUCGCUGUAGAGCCAUAUAUACUAUACACAACUUGGCACGUACAAUACCAGAUGUCAGAUGUUUAAACAGUGCAUCGCAUCUCCAUGAUUGCAUUACGUCUGAGGUGACAGAGUGUUUACUCAAUUCAGUUCAGUUUAUUUAAUUUAUAUAGCGCCAAAUCACAACAAAGUUGUCUCAAGACGCUUCACAUAAGUAAGGUCUAACCCCACUUACGAAUAUCAUUGCUCAUGUGAACAAUCAAAAACAAAUACAUUAGGAAGACUGCAUUGAAAAUAUAGGCCACAAACAGUACAACAAAAAUGUGUGCAAGUAUGCAUAUUUACUUAUUUUUAGAUAAAUGGGGCAGAUACAAGAACACUUUCAAGUAACUGACUUGCUUAAAUCGGUUGGUAAUAACUAGAAACUUAUGGUCAUUUUUGUUUAGGGGAGGCCUGAUGAGGGAAACUUCCAAGAGUCCAGUAACAUCUGUGAAGGAGUUAACAAGCUUCUGCGGAUGAAUUUGCAGAAAUUUGACAUUCAUGCCACUUGCUUCACCAGUUACAGCUCCAUGUUUAUGAAAAAAGAAGGGCCUCGUAAAACAGGUGUGAAAUUUCAUUGCAAGUUUGCCAAAAGGCCUGGGAAGACUCGAGCCUAGAUUUCAGUUCUUUCAAAAAGGCCUUUUUUGAAUGCUACUCUGUCAUGAAGCUGUAACUGGUAAAGUGGACUAAAAGUUAUAUAAUCAUAUCCACAGUUACCUGUAACUCCUUUAAAGUUGUUAUGGGGCUCUUGGAAGCUUCCCUCACUCUGCUGCUGUGUUUACUCUUCAUGUUUUUGAGUUGACCCUGCUCCAAACAAAAUGAUCAUACACUGCUUACUGUUUCUGUUUAUGACAGAUUAAAAUGAA